CACAAGUUCACAGGUGGUCAGAAUUAAUGAAAGCGGCGGACACCACGAGAUGCGUAUCGCUCGUCACUUUAUGACGUCACCAGGAAGACCGUAGAUGAUGGAAAGAUGGCUGCGUUUCGCUGUCGGCGAGACCCGUGUGGCUUUAUUUGUCUCAUUUUAACUUAUUUCAGCGUCUUUUACGCCGAUUAUGUGGUGAUUCAGUAUGUCCUGAUCCCCGCGUAUUCUGGAAGUGUAUGGUGCACUCUCCAUGGAUCUGUGUUUAAUAUUAUUCUAUUACUAUUGCUGGCUUGCCAUUCAAAGGCAGUGUUCUCUGAUCCUGGUAUGGUUCCUCUACCUGAGACAGCCAUUGAUUUCUCUGACCUGAGGUCCCAGUCCAACCGUCUAAAUGACAGAGGCUGUGAGGGCUGGACAGUGUGCAGUCGCUGUGAGACGUAUCGGCCUCCUCGUGCCCAUCACUGCAGAGUUUGUCAGCGCUGCAUCAGGAGAAUGGACCAUCACUGCCCGUGGAUCAAUAACUGUGUUGGAGAGCUCAAUCAGAAAUACUUCAUUCAGUUCCUCUUCUACACAGGCAUGGCCAGCUUGUAUUCCAUGGCGCUUGUGGUGUCAGCAUGGGUUUGGAGAAUAAGGAGUGAAAGAGAGAGAGAUGGAGAUGAAGAAGAAGAAGAAGCUCCUAGCAAACAUCUCAUUGUGGCACAUUAUAUCAUUCUGCUGGUGGAGUCUAUACUUUUUGGAGUUUUUGUCUUGGUGAUAUUUUAUGAUCAGCUGGUGUCCAUUAUAACAGAUGAGACGCCCAUUGAACAGAUGAGGAACAGGCUAAUGAAAGACAAACCCAACAACACCCACCAGACACACAUUACACACACAAGAAAGCCAAAAAUUGCUUUGCUGAGGGAGGUUUUUGGACGUGGUUCUGUAAUAUGUUGGUUGUUCCCGCUCCAUUCCUCCCCUCCUUCUGUUGGCGGCAUCAGUUAUUCAGCACUUCCUGAUUACAAUGUGUAACAUAUACCAGUUUUCCAUCAGUUCAUUUGAACGUUUCGUCAGUAUCACAUUGUGUUUAGAACACUGAAUAUUACGUUACUAAGGUGCAAAUUUCAGCUAUGGUGAUUGAUGAAGAAAAAGUGCUGCUGCGUGAGUGUUUUUGUACACCGACUUCUGCUUACCGCUUCUCACAAAGUCUUGUAACUAGGGCUGGGUACCGUUCAAACAUUAUCAAUACCGAUACCUUGACUUUCAAUACGCGAUUAUGACAGUAUAUAAUUUGUAUGUGAUUAUAAUUAGAUAUUGCCUAUUUUUAUAACAAAACAGUGUUUACGUGAAAACUGCUAAGCAGGUGAGGCAAUUAGCUUGAUAUGAAAGGCUAUAAAUAAAAUAUUUCUGCCACCUUAUAUGACCAAAACCCUCAUUAGAUCACAAUUGGAAAUUAUUUAAAACACUCAGUGGUGGUUUAAAUUGAGUUUGAGUAAAUGCAUAGUACCGUAUUUUCCGUACUAUAAGGCGCACUUUUUUCAUAGUUUGGCUGGUCCUGCGACUUAUAGUCAGGUGCGACUUAUUUAUCAAAAUUAAUUUGACAUGAACCAAGAGAAAUGAUCCCAGAGAAAAUAUUGCCGUCUACAGCCGCGAGAGGGCGCUCUAUACUGCUCUGUGCUCCUGUAGCCUACUACUGAGCAGCAUAGAGCGCCCUCUCGCAGCUGUAGACGCCAAUGUUUUCUCUUGGUUCUAAAUAAAUGCGACUUAUAGUCCACUGCGACUUAUGUUUUUUUCCUCAUCAUGACGUAUUUUUGGGCUGAUGCGACUUAUACUCAGGUGCGACUUCAAAAAAUACGGUAUAUAUUUAUAAAUUGUCUUAUGUAGCAUGAUGCUACAGUGUGCAAGAAUGGUCCCAUAACGUGUUUUCCUUGAUGCCUCAUCAGAGCCAAUCACCGAUUUAGGCACAUAAAGCAUGCUGCAUGUUUUUUGGCUCACUGACUUUAAUGAGAUUAACCCUUAGGAAUCAAAGACAAGACACCCAGCCCUACUUAUAACAAUAGUCUUUUACAAGAUAUUUCCAAGUGUGGGACACCAUUUCUUUUUACCACAUGUCACAUCACGUUACAAGAUACUUUUACAAACCAUUGAUUUGGAUUUUUAAAUUCAACAUUAACUCUUGAGUAUUAGUGGAUUUUCUCUCAGAAGUAUCUUGUUUGAAAUUGUUAAAGCAGUAUUUUAACCCCUAACCAGUAUACAAUUUGUUACUUAACCACUUUUUGGCACACACAGGGAUGUGAGCACACGCUCACAAGGUCAGCUGUGUUGACUUUAUUUGGGGUAAAUGCAAAAGGACAUCUUCAUUGUUUUCAUUGUGUGUGUUUGAGUACAUGGACUGUACUCCAUUUUACAUAAGGAUUGUAAAUACGUAUUUUAUCAUUUUAAUUUCUGACAAAGGUAUUGCAUUUUCAGGUUACUGGACUACUUUUGUUAAAGUGCUUGUUUUUUUUUUUUUUUUUGUUUGAAAUGUUAAUGUUUUUGCUGUUUCAUGGACAGCUUGAAGGAUGUGUGUACAUAACAGAUCAACAUGUAUACUGAAAAUGUUUACAUUGAUAUUUAUUGUAAUUUAUCCGGUUUUGUGUUUCAGGGUUUUUUUUUUUUUUGGUCUAAUGCUGCUGAUUUAUGUGAAGUUAAAUACAUCUUUUCAUAUUCUGUCUUUUCGCUUGAAAAUUA